UAAUAUCGUUCCUUAAUAAUCUUAUAUUUGCAUACUGAAUUGAAAAAUGAGUCAAGUGUUUGGAGUUCCACCACCUCUUUAUCCGCCUCAGCCAGGGGGUGUCAAUGGUGGUACGUUCUACGGCGAGCAGUACAGUCCUCUAGGAACACUAGCUGCUUACAAAGGCGAUUUGAUUUAUCCCGUGUUUACCAUCGGAUUUUUUUUGUUGGGUGUGGUCGUCGUUGUCAAGAUCCUCCUGACUCUUAUCGGCUUAUUGGGAGCUAAAUUGUUUCACGGUUUCAUCCCGCGUUCGUUCGAUGACCUCCUGGAGCGCAAACGUCGUUCAAUCGAUGACAACAGCCCCAUCGACCAGGCCAAAUUGGAUGGACUCACGGCUGUCAUCAUGGCCGCUCUCGAUUCUCAACAAUGCCAACAGAGACUGAUGUGUGAAUUGGGCGAUUUCGUGCAACAGUAUGAUUCGGCUCAUCUUCUAGCCAACUUGGCCGAACGUUUAGCGCCCGAGGAUUAUGCAGCUCACGUUAAGGCUUUUAAGAAUGCCGGCCAAUGUGAGGAAUACAAAUGCGGGCAAUCCUCAAGUUCCACGUCAAAUGUCCAACCAGGAAAUGAUGUGGCCACUAAAGAUGAAGAAAGUCUUUGAAAAAUUCUAUUACGAAAAAAAAAAAAAAA